AUGGCUGGGCUCCCGGGGCCUUUCCUCUGUGGGGCCCUGUUGGGCUUUGCAUGCCUAAAUGCCCCGGGGCUAGCAGUGGAGGUGAAGGUGCCAGCUGAGCCUCUGAGCGCGCCCGUGGGCCACACUGCCGAGCUGACCUGCAGCUACAGCACGUCCGUGGGAGACAACUUCGCCCUGGAGUGGAGCUUCGUGCAGCCUGGGAAGCCCAUCUCGGAGUCUCAUCCCAUCCUCUACUUCACUAGCGGCCAUCUGUAUCCCACCGGUUCCAAGGCCGAGCGGGCCAGCCUGCUCCAGAACCCCCCCACAGGAGGCGUGGCCACCCUGAAACUGACAAAGGUCCGAGCCUCGGACACCGGGACCUACCUCUGCCAAGUUAACAACCCGCCAGAUUUCUACACCAAUGGGUUGGGGCUGAUCAACCUUACUGUGCUGGUGCCCCCCAGUAGACCCCUAUGCAGCCAGAGCGGGCGGACCUCUGUGGGAGGCUCUGUGGCCCUGAGAUGCAGCUCUUCCGAGGGAGCUCCCAAGCCAGUGUACAAUUGGGUGCACCUUGGAUCUUCUCCGACACCUCCUCCUGGAAGCGCGGUUCAAGAUGAAGUGUCUGGCCAGCUCAUUCUCACCAAUCUCUCCAUGAGCUCCUCGGGCACCUACCGCUGUGUGGCCACCAACCAGAUGGGCAGUGCGUCUUGUGAACUGACCCUCACUGUGACCGACUCCUCCAGUGGUCGAGUGGCCGGGACUCUGAUUGGGGUGCUCCUGGGAAUUCUGCUGCUGUCGGUUGCUGUAUUUUGUCUGCUCAGGUUCCAGAAAGAGAGGAGGAAGAAGCCCAAGGAGACAUAUGGGGGCAAUGACCUUCGGUGA